AUGGAAGUGGAUGAACCUGGUUCUUCAAGUCGUCUGAGUGGAUCAUUAUCAAGAGCUAGAUUUGCUGGUCAAAGAAUAGCGUCUCAAUUCAAUUCCAAAAUCAUAACGCCAGUUCAAAGAAUAUUGGAUCCUGUUGCUGAAGGUUAUUCAUACGUAUCUAGGAAAUUUGAAGCUUAUUUAUCUAAAUUAGGGAACCCAUUGAUAUUGAAAAGAUUCGCAUAUGUUAUAUUCAUAUCGGCUAUCAUCUACUUCAUAACUAUUGCUGGUCUGUUUCCAACUGAUAACUCAAGACAGUUUGGUUCAUUUAGUGAUCGUGGAUUAUUGAACAAUUUCAUCAAAGAUUCGAUUGACUUGAAAUCUAUGGAGGAAAGUUUGGAGUAUCUUUCAUCAAUCCCACACCAUGCUGGUACUUCUGGAGAUUUAGUAUUGGCUAGAUAUGUUGAAUCAUUCUAUAGGGAACAGAAUCUAAAACUUGUUGAUUUUGAUGAAUUGAGAACUACAUUAAAUUUCCCAAAUAAAACAACACUAAGCUAUGGAGAUGUAACCAUUGACAUAACUGACCAAUUCAAUCCAUUAUCAAAAGAUGAAAAAGUCACUGGUAAUUUGAUUUAUGCUAACUAUGGUCGUAAACUUGAUUUUGAAAAGUUACAAAGUAAAAAAGUACACUUAGAAGAUUCAAUUGCUAUCAUAAAAUAUGGUAAAAUACCAACAAGUUCUCAAAUUCUAUUAGCUGAUACCUUUGGCUGUAAAGGUGUGUUGUUCAUUUCAGAAAAUGAUGAUUAUCCAGAUACCUAUGAAAGAAGAAGUGUUGGAAUUCCUGAAUUUUAUUUAGGUGAUCCAUUAUCUCCAGGAUGGUCAUCAAGUCAACUACCAAAUAGAAUUAGCAUGAAGGAUGCAAGCAUUGCAAAGAUACCUAGUGCUCCAUUGACAAGAAAUCAAGCCAAACCAUUAUUGGAAAGUUUAAAAUCUGGUGUGAAGUUUGAUGAUGAACAAUUUAGUGGUGAUGGUCAAACAUUUGAAGUCACUUUGGAUAACCAUGUUGUAUUUACAACAGACCAUGGUAUUUGGAAUGUUUUAGGAAAGAUUGAAGGUAAAGAACAAAGUGAUAAGGCGUUGAUCAUUGGUGCUCAAAGAGAUUCUCCUUGUAAUGGUGCAAUUUUCCCAAACACAGGUACUACGGUCUUGUUGGAGUUAGUUCAAGUUUUCAUGAAGCUAAAGAGAAACUUCAAUUGGACUCCUCUGAGAUCUAUUUAUUUCAUUUCAUUUGAUGCUUCAGAGUAUAAUUUUGCUGGUGUUUCAGAGUUGAUUGAAGGAAAGACUCGUGAAAUAAGAAAAGAAACAACUGCUUAUAUUGAUCUUAGUGAAGCUGUUGCUGGUGAUAAGUUGGACAUUGCACUAAAUCCAAUAUUCAAGACCUUAUUUUCUCAAUAUCAAGAAGAAUAUGGUUUUAAUUUACAUUCAUUACAAGAGUACAAGAAUUACGUUCCGUUCAUUACUGAAGGUGUUCCAGUUAUUGAUUUUGGUUAUAAAGGUUUAAAAUAUCCAAAAUACACAUGUCAAGAUACUUUUGAAGAGUUUAGAAAGAUUGGUGAUAAAGAUUUUUCAAAACAUGCUAAACUAGUUGAAUUGAUUUCUAAAGUUGCUUUGAAUAUUAUCGAAGAUCCAUUACUUCCAUUUGAUGUCACAGAAUAUGUCGAAGGAUUAAAUGAUAUUUUCAAAGAUUUACAAAGAUAUGCACAUGAUGUUGAUGCUGGUCAUAAAUUGAGGUUUGACCCAAUGAUUGAAGGAAUCUUGAAAUUCAAAAGAGUUGGAAAAGAAUUAGAACUGUGGAUCAAAGCUUGGAAAGAUAUCGUUGAGGAAGAUGGUGGUAAUGAACCAUCUCUGCUGGCUGUUCAUAGAUGGAACUGGAACUCAAAAUUGAACCAAAUCGAGAAAUUAUUUCUCGUGGAUUUGGGCUUGCCAAAACGGAGAUGGUAUAAGAAUUUGAUUUUUGGACCUCAAUUUUGGAAACCAGAAGAGGGUGACUAUGAAUGGUGGAGCUUCCCAAGUAUUAGAGAUGCUAUAUUCGAUCAUGACUGGAACUUGGCCCAGCAAGAGAUUGAUCGUGUGGGUAUGGCAUUAUCUGAAGGAGCUAACCAAUUCAUUCAAGGAUGA